AAUUUGUUUGAUAAUGUAGGAUAAUAAAAAAGUCCAAUAAUUUAUUCUAUAAGAGAAAGUAGGUUAUGGAGCUUUCGGAGAUGUUUAUAAAGCGAUUGAUGAAAAUACAAGUGAAGUUUUCGCUAUCAAAAGAAUUUUUUCUGGAAGGUCACAAUAGAUUGAUCAAUCCACUAUCAGGGAAAUAUCGGCCCUCAGUUCUUUAAAAGGAUAAAAUCACAUAGUUCCUUUAUAAAAGGUGAUUUUUGAAAAAGGAUGUGUUUAUAUAGUUUUGCCAUUCUACCCCUACAAUCUUUAUGAACACAUCAAGAAGAACAGUGAAAUCAAUUAUAAGAAGAUUUUCAAGUAGCUUCUACUUGGAGUCUACAACAUUCAUAAAUUAGGGUUCAUGCAUAGAGAUUUGAAACCUUUGAAUAUUCUUGUGGAUGAAAAGCAAAAUGUUUACAUUAGUGAUUUUGGCAUAGCCAGAAUGAAUUUUGGGCAAUGUAGAAAUUUUAAUUCGAACUGUGAGAAACAUUCCUAUGAAGUCAUUACAUUGCAUUUCAGACCACCUGAAAAUUUGUUGGGGUGUGAUAACUAUCACGUAUCCGUAGAUGUAUGGUCCUUGGGUUGUGUGUUCUAUUAAGUAGUUAUGAAGGAAAUUCUCUUUUAUGGCGACUCAUAAAUCGAGAUGCUAUUCAAAAUAUUCUCUAAGUUAGGUACUCCCAGUGCCUUCAUCGCACCCUCUCUUUGUGGCUUACCCUUGUUCAAUGCUGCAGCAUUUCCUCGAUUUUAUCCAACUAAGUACUUGUUUUAGCAAGAGUUGCUCUCUAAGAUUGGAUACGAAGGAGCCGAUUUGAUAGAUAGGAUGAUUUAGUUAGAGCCUUCAAGAAGAAUUACUAUGAGCGAAGCCCUAUAACAUUAAUAUUUUCUAUGA